AUGGAACAUGGUGGCCCUAUCAACUGCAAGCUUUUAUACAUAACGCGUCAUGGCCAAUCGAAGCACAAUGUCGACGCCAUGGAAGCGGGCGGGGACCAAUACUCUGCCGUCUGCGCGCACUUUGCUCAGGAUCGAGAUCCAGCUCUCACAAAUAGCGGCGAGCAAGAUGCGGCAAAGGCAGGAGACCUGAUAUCCACCUCCAAGGCUGCCAAGUACGCUGUGCCUUCUGUGGUGUACUGUAGUACUUUAAAGAGGACGUUGCAGACCGCCGUGAUUUGUGCGGCCAGAUAUGUUCCCGCGAAUAUGCCGUUGACGCUCUUCCCUCGUGAUGGCCUCCGCGAGUUCAUGGGCCCGGGACACCUCCAUGUGUCGGACGGACGAGGCAACAAAAGUGACAUACUCGAGACACUUUCGGAAUUAAGAAAAUUCAAGCAACUGUCUGUGGAGCUCGAGGACGACCUGCCAGGCGAAGAUGAUGCUUUCCGUACUGCGGAGACCUACAUAAAUGUCGACAUUCGGAUCGAACAUGAACUUGCCAAAAUCUUCGAUGAUACUACCAACAGGUCGUCUCGAGCGGUCCACAUUGUCUCGCACAACAGGGCGAUACAGUCCAUUCUGCGUUGCUUGGGAUACUCCACGAACCAAAGCAACUACCGCAUCUUCGACUUUGACAACGCUGCGACGAUCGCACUGCUCGUCAGUCGAACACCGCGAACCGAAAGGCAACAAGAGGACUUACAAGCAUCUGAUGAAGCCCUCCAGAGAGAAGAAAGUGCCCAAAUAGAUGAGUCAUAUUGCGCAGACAUUAAUUCUGGUUUUGACAAGAUUCAAAAGGACUGCAUGGAAGGGAGGUCGGACAAAUGGCAGCCGUGGCUGAAGAAGCUCGAGGAGGAGCUGGUAAACGGCUCGUCAGGCGAUGUUAUUGAGUGGAGGCUUGAAUUGUUGAAGAAGGCCAUGUCAGGAGAGUUUAAGUACGGGGAAUUCGCGAUGCAGAAGGCAGUCGGAGCCUUUCAGUAG